AUGGCCAUCACCAAAAUCCACGCUCGUUCCGUCUACGACUCUCGCGGUAACCCAACCGUCGAGGUCGACGUCGUCACUGAGACUGGCCUUCACCGUGCCAUCGUCCCAUCUGGAGCUUCCACCGGUCAGCACGAAGCCACCGAGCUCCGUGACGGAGACAAGGCCAAGUGGCUCGGAAAGGGUGUCACCAAGGCCGUCAAGAACGUCAUUGAGAUCAUUGGCCCGGCCGUCAUCAAGGAAAACAUCGACGUCAAAGACCAGUCCAAGGUCGACGAGUUCCUGAACAAGCUCGACGGCACUGCCAACAAGUCCAAGCUGGGUGCCAAUGCCAUUCUCGGUGUCAGUUUGGCUAUUGCCAAGGCCGGUGCUGCUGAGAAGGGCGUCCCACUGUACGCUCACGUCUCGGAUCUCGCUGGCACCAAGAAGCCAUAUGUCCUUCCCGUGCCAUUCCAGAACGUCCUCAACGGCGGCUCUCACGCCGGUGGCCGUCUCGCCUUCCAGGAGUUCAUGAUCGUCCCAGACUCUGCCCCAUCUUUCUCUGAGGCCCUCCGUCAGGGUUCCGAAGUCUACCACAAGCUCAAGGCUCUCGCCAAGACCAAGUACGGCCAAUCUGCCGGUAACGUCGGUGACGAGGGUGGUGUUGCACCCGACAUCCAGACCCCUGAGGAAGCUCUCGACCUCAUCACUGAAGCCAUCGAGCAAGCCGGAUACACUGGCAAGGUCAAGAUCGCUCUCGACGUCGCCUCCAGCGAGUUCUACAAGGCCGAUGCCAAGAAGUACGAUCUCGACUUCAAGAACCCCGAGUCUGACCAGAGCAAGUGGCUCACCUACGAGCAACUCGCCGACCUGUACAAGUCUCUCGCUGCCAAGUACCCCAUCGUCAGCAUCGAGGACCCCUUUGCCGAGGACGACUGGGAGGCCUGGAGCUACUUCUUCAAGACCUCUGAUUUCCAGAUCGUCGGAUCCCCAAACGAAGAACAUCACCACCUCCAGAAGACGUCCAGAAGAGAACGAUAUAUAGACGAGAAACAAGCCUUAGACCAGCAUGGCGCCGUCAAAGUGGGCGUCCCGGCCGCGACACGAUACGGGACAUGGCCUGGUCAAACCCAGAAGAGCGAAGACGAGGAACAAAGUACUCCUCCAUCAUCACCUCCGCUCGUUGCUGCCCCGCGACGCAAGUUCGACGAUGAAGAGGAUAGCGAUGAGGUUCUCGACGACUGGGAAGCCGCUGAGGACAGCGAAGUUGAGCGUGAAAAGGCCAAAAAGGCAGCUGCUGCCAAAGCCAAAGCCGACGCUGAAGCCCUAGCCAACAAGAAAUCCAAAGCCCAGCGGAUAGCCGAGCACCAGGCCGCCGCCGCUCGACGACGGGCCGAAGAAUCAUCAUCUGAAGAGGAGUCUGACUCCGAAGUAGACCUGGCCACCAAGCGGGAAGAGCUACGCAGAACCGAACAGGCCGCCGACCUCAAGCAUGCCGAAGAUCUAUUCGGAGACAUCGACCUGGCCCGCACCCGCAACCGCACCGCACCCACCAAGAGCGUGAUAUCCGACGCCAACGACCCCACCAAGUCUCUAGACCUCGCAUCCAUCCCUCUCUUCAAGCCAAGCACAAAACCGCAAUUCACAGCCCUCACCAACGCCCUUGUGCCUCUGCUAACGGCCCAGUCCAAGAAGGCAGCAUAUACCCUGUGGCUGCAGGACUUUACCAAGCAGCUGGUCAAGGAGCUGCCUAGCCAGGAGAUCAAGAAGAUCGCCAGUGCAAUGACGGCUGCUAGCAACGAGAAACUCAAGGAGGAGAAGGCUGCUGAGAAGGGAGGAAAGAAGACCAAGGCUGCUAAGACCAAGACCAGCCUUGUUGCUUCCCGGGUUGGUGGCAACAGUCGAGGAGCAGACCUUACGGCUUAUGAUGACCUGGGAGAUGACGACUUUAUGUGA